AUGGUUUCUCAAGAAUUUGAAGAAAAGGCUAAAGCUGUUCAAAAUCUCCCAAACAAGCCAAGCAAUGACGAAUUGCUAAAAUUGUACUCUUUAUACAAACAAGCCACAGUUGGUGAUUGUAACACUGAAAGACCAACUGGUUUAUUACAAAUGAAAGAUAAAUCAAAAUGGGACGCUUGGAACAAAUUGAAAGGUCUUUCUCCUGAAGAUGCCGAACAACAAUACAUCGACUUAGUCAACGAACUAUCCAAGAAGUAUGCUUCUAAAUAA